AUGGGAGCCACUGGUGAGCUCUCUGCAUCUGAUAAUGAUUGGACUCUUGGAAUUUUUGACACAAAGGCCCAGGCUAGUGGCACACAUGAAGCGUGGUACAAGAGCAAUCAUCAUGGCACAUUUGCUACUACUUGGCAUUCGACAUAUGCCAAUGGCAAUAAGCACAAUACUUUUCAGAUAGUAAUCUCGGAGGCUAUUGGGGGUGAUAUGGGAGAAGGAAACAACGUCUGUUUCUGCUACGGUGAUAUGCAAUGGGGACCAGGCGAUGUUCAUGUUCAAUCAUCUAACAAUAGUGACCACGCUCACAUUGACUUUUCGGGUGGAACCUAUAAUAAUGCGCCAUCCGACAACUCUCUUGAUCACAAGACCUGUUGCUUUCAUGCUGACAAGCUAAAGGAAUUGGGAACCAGCGCUGACUUUGCAAGUCUUUGCCAUGCGCGGGGUACCGAGGCUGGUUCCAAUGGCGACCCACACUUCAAGACAUCGAAAAACGAACACUUUGAAUAUCACGGUCAGUGUGACCUGCUCCUGACCAAGGAUCCAGACUUUGCCAAUGGACUUGGCAUUGAUGUUCACAUUCGCACCAAAGUCGUCAGACAUUGGAGCUACAUUAAGAAUGCCGUCAUUGGCAUUGGCAAUGACAUUUUGGAGAUUGAAGGCUCUGCUCUCGACUUUGAUUCCAAGACUCACUACUGGAUCAAUUACGAGUCGCAAGGAGAGCUUACCGAGUUUGCUGGCUUUCCAGUAAAGAUGUUCUCUCAACAAGGAACUGCAGUCACCAAGAAUCGAAUCGAGAUUGAUUUGGAUUCCGUCUACUCAGGGCAAAAGAUUAUCCUUUCUACCUACAAGGAGUUUGUCAAGGUUUCUUUCGAGAAUGCUAGUGAGGAAUCGUUUGGAAAUAGUGUUGGCAUGUUGGGCGAUUUCAAUACUGGCAAGACUCUUGCUCGUGAUGGCGUUACUGUGCUUGACGACUUUUCCGAACUUGGGCAUGAAUGGCAAAUUCUUCCAUCGGACAAGCAUUUGUUCCAUGAAUCGUCUGCUCCUCAAUUCCCCGACAGAUGUAUCGACCCCGAAGACCCCCGUGGGGAUCACCGUCGCCGUUUGGAUGAAUCUUCCAUUGACGAAGAGGAAGCAGAAGCUGCUUGUGCUGGACUGACGGACGAGUUGGACCGUAAGGACUGCGUAUAUGACAUCUUGGCCACACGACAGGAUUUGGAAAUGGCUGGAGCCUACUGA